UCAGCGACUUAUAGCAAGGCUGUGGGACUGCGGUGGGCAUUCUAACACUGGGUGGGAACUGACUGACAUCCCCAGUGACACUAUUACAGUGAUCAGUGCUAAUAAAAAAGCACUGACACUGUAUUAAUGACACUGGGCAGGAAGGGGUUAACAUCUGGGGUGAUCAAAGGGUCCACUGUGUGCUGGUUAACUGUCUGCUGUGUGUGUAUUAUCUUGGAGACAUGCUGUUUUGUAUUUCUCUGCUGUGUAAGAGAGAUACAAAGCAGCGUGUCCUUGCUGGCAGGAGAGAGACCUGUGUUGUUUACAUACAGUUCUCUCCCCUGUCAGCUUUCCGCAACAACGAUCGCCAGGUGCCGGCAAGGA